AUGGCUGUCCUGUGCUGUCUAUUCGGUUUACCCGGAAAUCUCUUAACAAUUAUCGUUUGUACGAAAGCACUCUAUUUACGAACGAUGCAUUUACAACGAAAAAUGCUCAACUUAUAUCUCGUGGAAAUCUCUAUUUUGGAGUAUAAAACCGAACAGAAACCUCCUCGAAAUAGUACGCAAAGAAACGGAACGUUGUACGACUACAAAGAUAUCUGUACGAUUCGUUCGGAGUACGUCGAUGAUCAAGUAACAUUGCUGAUGAAUAUUCUCGUCGCCGGUGUUUUGAGUUUAGCUGUACCAGCUCUUCUGGUGUCCAUUGUUAAUAUCAGUAUGCUAUGCGUUAUUAAAAAAAUUUAUUCCACGCAAACGGAUGUGAAUAAUAAACGUCGUUCAGACAUAACUAACUACCGUUCAACACGUUCGACGCUGCUUGUUAUAUCAGUGACAUAUGCACUAUUUUACUUGCCGUAUAUCAUUUUCUAUUUUCUUAUGACACUUCUAGAGGACAACGAUGGAACAUUACAUUACUGGUCUGAGAUUACCUACAGUCUACGACAUGUCAGUCAUUCAGUAAACUUUUAUGCAUAUAUUUGUACUAGUUUGAGUUUUCGUCACGAAUGUGUCCUAUUGGUUCGUUCAGUUUUUCGACCAUGUUUGUACUUUAAAACUCGCCGACAAUACAGACAAAAGAAGAAACGAUCACAAUUGAUUAUCAUUGAUAAGAGUCCUCUCCCACCACCGCCGUUGUAUAGCUCGUUCAACAGAAAAGCUCCACGAGUCACUAUUGCUCAAGAACCUGAGGAAAUUAACAAUAAAAACGAAACAUGGAUGUGA